CGGCGUUUGACACUUAAGAGGACUCUGGAUAUGAACAUUUGAAUGGUUUUCCUUCCGAGGUGUUUAUGAUGAAUUGAAUCGAAGGCAGGUGGAAAUUGCGUUCCCUUGUUCCAUUAACUCCUCCGUAAAUUGAAUAAUUCAUAUCUUGAACCACUCGGCGAUCCUUAUUGCCUGGCAACGUGUUUUUUUUCUCGCUGAAGGACAGAUGUAUUUGGUGUUUUAUUCCGGUAAAUUAUUAUUUUUCUUUACGUUCUUCUGCUGAUGAUGGCGGCUCAAGCUGCGUUUUCAUUGUUUUCCUGAAAGAAAUUAUAUAUUUCCAUUCACGUAAAGAACCUCUGCAUGGUUUUCUAUUCGAUGUGGCCCUGAGAAGCGAGAUUUGUAGAUAAGCUCUGUGCCCAAAUUAAAAACAUCGAGAUUAUUAUUUGUGACGACAGUGAAGCUGGAAUUAUCUUGAGAGACGCGGCGAACAGGAUUUUGAAAGCUGAAGCAUGGUGAAACAUGGACAAAAACCAAACCAGAAGACGGGAAUAUCGAUUCAAAAUACAACGUCCCUCACACGCGGAAACAUGAAAAUCCGAGUUUUCACCGGCUUGUCCGGCUCUCUACAGUCUUUGCAGCGUAAAAAGGUUAGAAAUUUGCGAAGGUUUUCGUAUCAUUAAGGUACAGUUUUUACCUAUUUUCCAAGCACCAAAUGUCGUUUGUCUUCUCUGUGUGCGCAAUAGUUUAAAUUUUUCCUGUCUUUGUAGAAGUGCAAUGAAAACGUGAAUUUGUUUUCUAAGCACACUAAUUGUGUGUCGCAAAGUAAAUAAUUUACAAAUAUUUGAACUGGAAAAGUAGAUUGCCGGUUUCCGCUCUUGAAAACCUCGAGUUUUCCUUAGAAUGUGUUCAAUGCAAAUUCGUCUCUUUUCCCUGAUGAUUUAACUAUUUUUGUCGCUAGUGAAUAUAAAUGUUCUCCAUUUUAUUUUUAUUUUUGGUUUUGCAAUUAUACGGAAAAGGAUGUGGUGUGGUUCUCUUUAUCUUCUCCCUUUAUUUUAUAUAUAUUUUUUUGUUUCUAGUUUUGUUCGAUAUUAGAAUCUUCGAGUACGACGUUGAUUUUUGAAUGUCUGUUAAGGAAGUGCCCAAAGAUAAUUUACUAAAAUUGAUUUUUUCCCCGUACCGACCGGCUAACUGUCUAUAGAUAUAUCGCCUGGAGGUGUCUUUUUAUCCCCUGAUCGUAUCGGACAAUUGCAUUUUGGAGUUUGAAGGAAAAACUUGUGCAAUAACUUAUAGAAUUAAGAAACUAAUUUCAAAACCUUUUUUUUUCGUUCAAUAGUUCAAAUCCUUCUCUUUGGCUUAGAUUUCCUUCUUUUAUUAUUUGCCUAGCUUUCACGCUUAUAUAUUUUUCCUUAUCUGGCGCAUUGGCGUUUUUAAUUAUUUUUUUUCCGCUUAUAUAGUUCUUUAUGACAGCAAUUUUUAUCCCUUGAUAUAUUACGGACAAAAUACAGCAACCAUAUUUAAUUGCCUUUGAUCUGUAGAACCAAGUGGUUUCGUGAGCCAGGACAAAAAACGAUGUUGCCUUCGAGGAAAGUUUCCCGCGCGAACCAUUGUAAAUUUACCCGUUGCUGUAAUUCGACUAUGUAAAGCAGUACGGUCCCCGUAGGCUCUAUUGUUGUACAAAACACAAAGUUAAAGUUGAUGGAUUAACCUGCAAAAAUCAAGUGCACUGUUACUCGAAGCCCUCACCAUGCAAGAGCUUUCGUUUGAAAUCCACUGAACUCAGUACUUAGUCCUUGUGUGUAGUACUACGCAUGCGCGGUGCCAUCAAAAGUUUGUACGAAAUUCGCCUUUUUAGAAACGCGAAGAAAACUGUUCUGAGUUGACUUUCGCAAAGACUUCUGGGACUGUUACGUCAGUGAAAAAUGGUUAGCAUUGGGUAACAUCGGCUGAAGCCAGAUUUUUUUUUCAGUAAAAUUACAUGAAGAACAACUUAAGUGCAACCAGAAACUGAUAAGGGGUUUAAACGUGUAUUAAAAUCGCGCUCGUGAAUAUUCACUUUUACCAUAUUUGGAAACCUUAGUGACAGAUAUCCAUUUUCAACAAAUGGCUGCCGCGCGAUCACCAUGCAGAUGUUUUAAGACAAGAGUUCUGCAUUUCAAGUUUAAAAAUACACCGUUAAAAGACAAAAAAGGGAAAGAAAAAGUUCAAAAGAAUGCUCAGCUUUCUUUUUGUGGAGGAAGGGAAGCUUUUCAUCAAGAAAUUGUCCUUCGAGGAAUUCAAACUUGUCUUCUUCUCGACGGAGCGCAUGGUCUGUUUUGAAAUGCAACCAAGGCAGUGAAGUUUUUGCUGAAUUUUCAGGUACAUUUUGCACUCUAUGGCCAAGACAAUUACGUUUUUGAAAGGCAGUUUAUGUAUUUUUAAAUGUUUCGUAGACGUUUUAUAAAUUUUUCUCUUCCGCGGUAAAGAAAAAUUACAAAAUGUGCCCCAAUUUGAGACGGAUUUUGUGUUUAAUUUUGCUAUGUGCUCAGCCGAUUUCACUUGCGUGAACGGAUCCACGAUCCAGGUAGUGUUUUCCGAAUUGCUUUAAAGGAUUAACUUUUUGGAUUUUGAAUUAACUUUUUUAAGAAACGGCUUCUCUGUCUAUUGUUUUGAGUUCGUUCAUUCAUAAAAUUAGCUCAAAACACGAUCGUGACUACAACAUCCAAGCUGAAUUUAAGCUUAAAUGCUUCUCACAUUCAUUACACGCAUCACUUUUUGCGAAGAUGUCAGGUUCAGGUUUUGGACACUUUUCAAUACGCAACUAAUGAAUUUUAUUCGAAAAUAUUUUUCACUCUUUAUUCUAGACUUUUAAUAUAAGAAUUUUAAAAACCUAUUUGCAGUAUAAGUUUACUGUGCAGAGGCGUCGUUUUUUGAAGUGACAAUUUCAAGAAGUUGCGAGGACGUCAACGGGUUUCAUAAUGUUAUGUUUGGCCCGGGUGGUAAGGCAAUAAUAUCCUGCUCAGUGUUUCGGUAAGAUUCCUGUUCUCAACCUUUGAAAGCUUUCUCGGCUUUCGGGAGUUUUUCCCCCGUUUGUCGGCCAUUUUUUUCACGCGGGCGCGGGAACAUGGAGUAAAAUUACGUCACGUUGUUUACGAAGUUUGAUUGGUCAGCUACCUCUUCUUCUCGUUCCAAAUAUGGUACUUUCGAAAAUGAAUAAUCACGAGCAUCGGACAAAGCAAACAUAUGAGAGUUACACGUUUCAACCCCUUAUGGGUUUCUUGUCCAACUUUGUAUAGGUAAUAGCAUGAUUUGUAGUGAUAUUUGGCAUAAAUACCGCGAUUGAUAUUUAGAAAUUGUUAUAUGUAAUUUCACGAGCCGUUAGGCGAGUGAAAUUUGAGACAACUUUGAAAUAUCACGAGUGUUAUUUAUGCCAAAUAUCACGUACAAAUCAUGCUAUUAUUUGUUUAUACUACUACCCGCAAAAGGUUUGUAAUUUUCACAUGUAGGUAUUUCAAAUUAAGCUGAAUUACCAGUGCUCUAAGCCAUUCAAAUUGCAGAAAUUUCUCGUGUAGUAGUAUAAACUGUGUAAUAUACAGUAAGAUAGAAAAACAGAACUGGGAUGCGUUGAACUCGGGCCAUUUGCUUCACAACCUACAUCCAUUUCCACUACAUUAUCGAAGACUAGCUGCCAAAUACAGUAAUUUUUAAAACAUACAUGCACUUAUGCUAUAUCCCAUUACAAUAUUUGAAAGCUAACAGUUUUCGGUUCAGUGCUUAACCCCAAUCACUGCAGAUAGGUGCUAAAUUUCUAGUAUGUUCUCUCCAUAACUGGCGCUCGGCAGUUUUGGUUUGUUCAGCUGUUCUACAAGGUUAGUGGGGUUCUGUUCCACUCUCUUUACUUUAGGAGAAUAAUGGGUUGUGUUACACUCAUAAGGUGUCUAAUCUGGCUUCAACCAAUUGUAUCUAAUGCCAGCUAUUUUAUCUAAUAUACGUUUCAGAAAAAAUACUCCUGUAAAGCUUCCUUUUAUGAAAAGAUAAAAAGACAAAGAAUGUAUGAAUAGUCUUACUUACCCCCUAGUUAGGAUUCUAACCCGGUAAAAAUGUCACACAAAAACACCGUAAAAACACGACGUGCGACGGAAAACCCUGCCAUCUUGUCAGAAACACAAUCGCAAUGCACUGUGGGAAGACGUUCACUUCUCCUCUUAUCUAAUGCUAACUGUAAAAAAUAGAAAAUUGGCCAAUAGCUGACCAGCGCGUCCCCAGUAACAAACCCACAAACAAUUGCGGAACACAUUUCGUUCUCCAGUAACCUUCUCGUUUCUAAAGUGCCGAAUUCCGGGCAGCUGUCAGCUGGUAUCGCCCACCCCUACUGUGUCGGUUGAGUGACGAUCGUAAUCGCCGAAUAAAGACGUAUGAUUAAUACAUAUAUUUUUUUUCUUUUAAAGACGCAGAAUCUUAAUUUGAGUGAUUACAGCAAGCAGGGAUCGAAGAGACACGCUCCAGUUAUGUAAGAUAAAGAAGCGUUACUUUCAUUUCAUUUAAUUCGAAUAAGCGCCCAACCUCGAAUUAGCGCCAACCUCGAAUAAGCGCCCAUCUUAAAGGUAGAAAAAGUUAAUAAGCGCCCAGCCUCGAAUAAGCGCCCACCCCCUCUUCCUCCCAAUCAAACUCAAAUAAGCGCUCACCCCCACCCCACCCACUUGAGUGAAUAAAUUCUAAUAAGAGACUUCCCCGAGGACGGAGUUUUCUUCAGAGUAUUUUACAGAAAGCUUGCUUUGUUACUUCUUCGCGUUUUGUUAUUAGCAUUUAUUGUUUUGUUACAAAAUAAACAUACUUCACUUGCUGAAAAUGGUGAAAAUUUAAUAAGCGCCCAGCCUUGAAUAAGCGCCCACCUCGAAUAAGCGCCCACUCUCAAGGUCCAAAAAUUUAAUAAGCACCCAGGGCGGUUAAUCGAAUAAAUACGGUAUUUCUUAUCAUCCACCGCCUUAAGUGGAUGUGUUGUGGUCAUCUAUCAUCUCCACUUUGUAUUUGAUCCCAAAUUUGUCCAUCUCUCUUCUUCACGCCGGCUAAAGCCAAGCUCAACACGUGUUUGUUGAGUUUACCCGCUAGUAGCGAGCCAAACGAGCUGCUAGAGAACGCGCGCGAGAGAGGCGUAGCCUUUCGCGUGCCGCUCGCGCGCGACUUGUUACAAAUCCCCCAGAGAGCAGAGAGUUUGUUCCAAGGCCAGUUUAAGCGUGUAAAGGAAACGAAUUAGUUUCUAAUUAAAGAUACUCCUCAACUUACACUCAGUAAGAGAGAUCACAUUCGUUAUGGUAUAAGGUUUUUUUCUCAAAGAUUUUACGUUGACCCAUAGUAAAGAAGAGUGGUUAUGAAAGGUGGUAAAUAUCAAAGAUAAACAGUGGUGCUGCCGUUUAUGUUGGAAGCUCCCUGACCAUGUUUAAACUGUUGCUUUUUGUUUUCAAAUUGUGACUGAAUAUAUUGAUUAGACAAUUCUGUUGAUCAGCUAUUUCAAAAUGAUAAACAUGCAACGUCGUGCACGGUGGAUUUACAGUCAAGGCAGGUCAAGCGUACCCCUCAAGAUUCUAUUAAUGAAUUGAUUAUUUGACAAAUGAAUGCGUUAGUCGUCCCCGAAACUAGUGUCAAAUUCAAAUCGGCAUUCCUUCACGCGUAAUGAGUUGUGAAUAUUUUACGAGAACUUCCCUGUAUUUGGUCAGAUUGAAAAUCCUUGAAUGGAUUCAAUUUCUUUAGUUAGAAGACAUUUACAUCAAAUUCAGGGAAACUGAGCUGGCAGAAAUUUCGUAACUGAAUCGCGUGUGAAUUCACGGCUCAUUACGCAUGCAAGAAUGCAUAGAAGAAUCUGAAAUCUACAACUACCAACGGAUUCAACCUUCGAAUAAUAAAUUCAUUAAUGGGAUCUUGCGGGGGUACGCUUGACCUGGCUUGACUGUAAAUAUAACAAAGAAAUCUAACAGGCUCCAUAGCCUUUGCACUUAAUUAACUAUGGUCGACCUAAGACAAAUCUGGUUUCAAAAACCUCUCUUACAUUAAGGAUUCAGAACCAAUAGCAAAAGAGUCUAAGUCUGAAAAAACCUUCCUCAAGAGCUAGCCUAGUAUCUGGGAACAGAAAACAAGCAACCAUCUAUGAGCACGUACUAUACAAGACAAUAUUAGUGAUGUGUAUUUCAUGUAGUACUCUGCAGUGCAUGUUUUAUUUCCUUGUUUUAACGAAGCACUCUUUGUAUUUUGACAGAACAAGCAGCGAGAAUGAGACCUUUACUCGUGUGCGCCGAGACCCUAAUGGACUCAAACUGCCAAUGUCACCAAGCGGUAUGUAAGCUUUACUCGUUUACUCUCAACAAUACGUAACUGAAAAUAAAAACCUUUAGGGCGAGUUAUUUAAACGAAGUUUAGCCCGUGUAUAACAAAACCGCGUUCUAAGCUAUUUUCAUUUUGCCCAACGCUUUUACCUAAACACUAUUUUUCGUGAACAAUUUGAACAAAGCAUACAGCGUAGACUUGAAAAGUACUUAUUUUCUUAAAUUAUCCCCUUAAGAAAGAGAUUUGAAGGUCCAAUGAUUUCUUAAUCCGCGGCCUAAGUUAGACUUCGUACAAAUAACCGACCCUUAGAUUCUAAGAAUAGAAUACGUGGAAAAGCUUUGAGUUAAAUCUCGUCCUCGUACUCGAAAGUCUCUAAUAAAUGAAGAAAUCCGAAGUUUUAUUUUGCAAAGUACAGCUCUGCUGCUUUAGAGCUCUUAUUGAAUGGUUACAUGUAACGGUCAGUGGUGUGUAAGAUUGCCCUAUGGGGCUAUGUUGCGCAACACUAUCGAUUCCUUUAUGGCUAUUAUUCGCCACUUUGAGGUUGCGCGGGAGACUGGGGGAGGUGGUUGUCAACGUGCAUUGUGGGUUAUUUUAAGGGAAGCAUUUUCAACAUGGCGGCAAAUUCGUCCCCCAAAACAAUGCACUUUGACAACCAUCUCCCCUGGUCUCCCGCGCAACCUCAACGUGGCGAAUUAUGAGGUUGCUGAGGAAACUGGAUUAAAUUUCGUCCACAAAGCAAUCCCACAGGGCAAUUUGACACCACGCAAAAACAAUCGAUCAGGAGUUACUCUCAAAGGGUUCCCCGAGCCUGAACGUGUCUUAUAAGGUUACUUGCAGCCGUACCCUCCCCCCUCCCCUGGAACGUAAGAGGGUAGGGCUACUCGUAGGCUAUGUGUAGUCGUGAUCUAAAUUUGAAUUUGUUUCUUCAAUGUGUUUUUCAGUCGCAAUCAAGAACUACGGCGAUAAGAUGACCACUUUUGAACAUUCGGAGAUUCUUGAUUUCCCCGAUGUAUGGUUUCUUGGUUUAGAGGCAAAGAAGAUUGAAGGUGUACCGGGAGCACCGCAAAACAACGGUACGAUUAACUAGAACUAGGUAUUAAAAACUGUGCCUUCUGGACAGAAAAAUAGACCCAAAAGUUUGAACCUAUAACAUUACAUGUCAACACAAUUGUUUGUCUGAGUAAAAGUUUUCUAGUAAGAUACCUUUUCCUUUGUUCUCAGGUUACGAUGAUGAGAAUGGGAGUUACUUGAAGGCAUUACAUGAUCAUCUUGUGUACAGAUAUGAAGUUCUUGAAGUGCUAGGCAAAGGAUCAUUCGGACAAGUAGUCAAGGCUUUAGAUCACAAGACAGGGCAACAUGUAGCCGUUAAGAUUAUACGUAACAAAAAGAGGUAUAGAAAGUCAGCUUUUCUAGAAUGCAGGGUGGGAAAGGAUUGGAUGGGAUGAGAUGAGAUGAGAUUUGAUUGGAUAGGAAUGAAUUAAGAUCGAAUGGAAUGAAAUGGGAUAAAAGAGUGGAUAUAGGGUGGGGUGGUAAGGGAUGGGAUAAGAUCAGAUGAGAUGGUGUGAGAUGAGAUGGAAUGGGAUGGGAUGAGAUGAGAUGAGGUGGCAUGAGAUGUGAUGGUGUGAGAUGAGACGCGCUAAGAUGAGGUGGGAUAAAGUAGAUAAAAUGAUAUGAGAUAGGUGGAAUGGAAGUGAUAGGGAAUGAGGUAAGGUAUAAUAUUAUUGAAUCGGAUAGGAAUGGUGAGGUGGGAAGAGAUACGUAUGCUUUGUGGGUUCAAGAUGGCUGAAUAUAGUUGGCCAAGGGGUUUUUUUUUUUAAUGGAUCGAGCGAGACGAAGUCGAGGUCAGUAAAAACGCCAAAAAGAACAAACAAGGCCAAAGACCAACUAUUGUUUAGUAUAGACACCCCGGAAGUAAAUUAAAUCUCGUAUCGUGGUCGUUCUUCUCCUCGGUCUUUAAUAGCACAGAGGUGGUCGUUAUACUGUUAGAGGUGAUUAUUCCGUCAAUUAUCCUUCAGAGGACUGUAGUAAACGUUUCACCCACCCCUUCCCUAACCCAACGUUAACUCUAACUUUUCACUUAGGGCAAAAUGUUAGGUUAGGGGAAGGGUAGGUGGGAAGUUUGCCAGACUCUUAUACUCAUCCAGUCUUGUCAUAUCUUCCUUGUACAGGUUUCACCAGCAAGCUUUGGUUGAAGUUAAGCUUUUAGAUCAUUUACGUAAAAAGGUCAGUUGGGGUAGAAAUUGGACCAGAAUUGCCUUAAUGAAGUGGAAAACUUAUUCGAGUUUUGUUGUUUCACUUUUAGGACAAAGAAAACAAUUAUAAUCUCAUUCACAUGAUAGACCAUUUCUACUUCAGGUGAGUUCUUAAAACUUCGGCCUUAUGUUUCUGUCGGAGAGACACGUUCCGCCCGAACGACAAUCAACUCUGUCUAAGACAGACACCGUUGGUUCUAAAACAAAGUGUCCGUCCAACAGAGUAGAAACAACUCUUUUUGCCUGUCUUACAUAGCUGUUCUUCUUAUUGAGACUCACAAAAAACAACUGUGGAUCGUUAGGUAUAAACUCUAGGUGUCCGUUUAUAAGAGAAAGAGUUUGUUUCUAAAGAAACUUUGGUGUCACUUCGGUGUGGGGUAAGACAGAAACAUUUCGUUUUAUCAGCUGAGUUGAUAAAAUCAAAUUUUUUGUCGAUCUUAUACAUGUGUCCCUGUGUGUCCUUGGCUGUGUCACGUGGUCUUCUUCAGCUGUUCUUAUAAUUAGUGUUUGUUUUAUCUGCGAGGAUAGCCCUUGAUGAAAAGCUAAACAACAGGGAUCGUGUGCGCGCAAGCGCAAACGCUUACAGCUAAAAACUAUGUAUAUCAAAUAAUAGUUUUUGACAGUUUAGUUUUAAACUGCACUUAUUUAUGAUCGUUUCGUUUUUGGUUUUUCUCAGAAAUCACUUAUGCAUCAGCUUCGAACUUAUGGGGUAAGUCAUAUUUUUAGUAUGUACAUUGUAACCAUUUCUUCAUGUACUUGGUCUUCCAUAAAUAGGCAUGUGCAGCUUAACUGAUUUAUUGUUUCCCUGUUGCUACGCCCCGUUGACAUUUCUGUUUUGUUUCUGAUUCUUGUUUUUGACAGAAUGAAUUUGUACGAGCUAAUAAAGAAAAACAAUUUUCAAGGUUUUAGUCUCGCUCUCAUUAGAAGGUAACCAAUUACCAAUUGUGAAAUUUGUUUAUUAUAUCUUGUAUAAGGGGCUUAUUGCUUGUUGGAUAUUGUAAUUAUUCAGUGGAGGUACAUAGAUCGUGCGUGAAUGCCACUGCUUUUCCACCGUUUCUGGCUGUUACUUAAUUUGUAUUCGAUUUUUAAUAGUAUUCUUCCCUCACCAUUGGAAUUUUACGUAAAAUAUCUUUAAUGUUGGUACGCUUCGUUUCGAGCAAGGUCAUGGGUAACUUGACAAGGCUGUGCUCUAACGAAAAUUAAAGGGAGCCCAGCAUAGAAUGUAUGAUUUGUAUGAAAAAAGUAAGAUUUUCUAGUCACCCAAAGUUAGGCGCCAGGGGCCGUCGGGCUUUUCUAGAGCACAGCCCUGCUUGAAAAGUCAGAGAACUUUAUGAUUCUUUUCUCUCAUUCUUCUUUUCUUUUUGAUUCUUUGGAAAACGAGGUUUAAAGUUAAAUUAUGUUUCCUUAAUCAUUGUUUGUUUGACACAGUUCUGAAAGGAACUAACUUGAAGUCAGAGAAACUUUGUAAAGGCCUUUAGGAUGGCCGAGAAAAGUCGUGGAGCUUUUAAACCCUCACGACAGCAAGAACCCCGUUCCGUUUUGUUUUUAAUAAGAUACUAAUGUGCUGCCUUUCAUCUUUGUAGGUUUGCGUAUUCGUUACUUCAGUGCCUAAGAGUGUUACACAAAGAGAAAAUUAUCCACUGUGAUUUAAAACCGGUAUUUUGCUUCAUGUGCUUAUUCUUGAUGCCACUGUUGUCAUUGUCUAUUGUUGCAUUUUUUAUUUAUUCCCACUCUAAGUUCAAGAAGAUGUCCUUUUUAAUAAACAUUCCAUAGAACAGUUUUCAGUACUAGGCUGUAGAGCGUAAGUUUUACUAAAAGCAAAACUGUGACGCAAUUUAGUGCGCAUGGCUGCUGCGACGUCCUUUUGCUGCGACUUGUGAUUGGUGCAUUUGAUUUCCUUUGUCUUUUCUGAUUGGCUGUUAGCUCCUAUCGCAAAAAUGAGAACGUUUUAAAAAGGAGUUCUAUUUUUUUACCCUAUUCUGUGACUCUUUAUCGCUCUAAUCGUUUCUUUUCUGUUUCAGGAAAAUAUUUUAUUACGACAAAAAGGACAGAGCGCAAUAAAAGUUAUAGAUUUCGGUUCAAGUUGCUAUGAGCAUCAAAAAGGUAACACUUAAAUUUCCACAAAAAUUAACUUUUGUGAAGAACCGCGCCCUUCCUCUCCCCAGUCUCCUCCAGGGCCCUGUUGGUCUCUCUUUCUUUGCAUCAAAAGCAUUUUCUCGUAGAAUUUUCUCUAUUCUUUUUAGAGCAUCCAAUCGUCAAAGAAUUAAACUGAAUUUGCCUCUUAAGAUUUCAUAUCUGAAUUCAAUUUUCGCACUAACCCUGGGUUGCUUUGGACAACCCGGCCCCGUUUUAUUUUCCUGUUCGGGCUUUCUCAAUUUUCGUGACACGAAUCUCUCGGAGCCUGGAACAGGCUAGGGGAAGUGGUGAAAACAAAACAGGUGAUUUUAUGAGGGUCUACCUUGGCUGAAGGUGCGAAGGCUGCUACACAAGACACCACCCAUCUUAUGGACCUAACCCCGGUUGUCCAAACGUUGGAUAGAGCUAUCCACCAGAUAAAACUCUAUCCAGCUUAUAGCGUAAUUGAUUUCCGUAAUACUUAUCCGCUGGAUAGUGAUUUAUCCGGUGGAUAGCGCUAUCCAACGUUUGAACAACCCCGGUCAGGAUGGACGCAAGUUUAUCCUAAAAAUUCGAGAUAGACUUAGAUCUUCCUUUUCCAUAAAGCUUGCAUUUUCACAAAUACUUUAAAUCUCAUACCUUUCUAGUACAGAUAGAUAGGGGGCUAUUUAAAGGAGACGACACCUUUUAAGAUGGGGAAAGAGGGUAGGAAAAGACUCACUAAACUUUCCGUGGAACAGUGGGUCCUGUCUGUAUUUGAUUGUUUUGACAACUUCCCAAAUAUAUUUUCACUUUUUCAUCCGUCUUUUAUCUCCACAGUUUAUACGUACAUACAAAGCCGUUUCUACCGUUCGCCCGAAGUUAUUCUCGGUAAGUUUGAGGUACUACCUUUAGUUCACUGAUCUUUCAACCGAAAACCUAGAUUCACAAAAAAGUUCCCACCGACCCUGAGCGCCAAAUAUUUACUUCCUACCGGCCCCCUUUAAUCUUAGGUGAAAAAACUCCCGAAGAUGUAGCCCUUCGAAAAGUUGGUCCCUUUGUUGCUCAUUCUAAAGUUGAACGAAAGACCGUCGUUUUUUAUUCUUUAUUAACAUUUUUUUUCCUAGGUAUUCCUUAUAGCAUGGCUAUUGAUAUGUGGAGUUUAGGGUGUAUCCUUGCCGAACUUUACACCGGAUAUCCACUAUUUCCUGGUGAAAACGAAGUGGAACAGUUAGCAUGUAUUAUGGAGGUGCGUGUGACUACUUUUUUAUGAUUUAACUUUUUUUAAUAUUACUUAUCUUAUCUACUCUAAGAUCUGGCUUCACUUCGCUGCUCUUUGACCAAGUGGCCUUUGCAUUAGUCUGAGUUUAAAUGAUUUUUCCCUUUAUCGUUUUAGACUGCUUGCAGUCCGCCUUUUCUCGUAAGAUCUGUCCAUUUCUUAUCCCAGUCAGCGCGACUGCAACCAACGACGCCACAAUAAGAGAUUUGGACGAGACGAGGAUAGACGGGCAUAUAUUUUCUUUUCGGGCUUGCGCUCUCGUUUGUCGCGGCUCGCGUGCUUGGGUGACUCGUGGAGUACCUUUGCAACGAAAAAUGAUAGACUGCUCGCAGUCUAUCAGCCUUUGUCUUUUAGAGGUUUUGUUUUUAGUCGACCCUUGUAAUUAUAAUUGCUUCAAUUUUAAAAGUUUCCGGAGUCGAUUCUGGACUAAUAACUGUAAUCUGAUAGGCAGGUUUUACUCUUCGCUGUCCGCCUGUGUGAAAAAUUGUGAUUUGCUGAUGUAAAGAAGUAAACUUAGCCUAUCCGGACUGGAUACGAACGUUGGCGAUCACUUUACAAAGAUUGCCGAACGCCCUCGAAGACUCGCUCGUUCUCGGGGGGGUACUUUUACAGCGUUAAGAUCAUGUGAUUUGUCUUCUAAAUACUGCAGUUUGUGUAAUAAUUAUUUAUGUGCAAACGUUCUUAUUACAAAUUGCAGAUCUUAGGAAAGCCACCAUCUAGUGUUCUCGAGCCUGCUGGAAGAAAGCGGCUAUUUUUUGGUGAGAAUUUACUUGUGAUGUUAUUUUUUUCAGCCCCUCUUUUUUGCCGCUAGCCAGGGUAGCUAGUGUUCCUACUCCUGCUCGUUCUCCUGCGUAUUCCUCCUUGUUGAUUUUGCCAAGAAGCUUCGUUAUUAGGGUAACGCAAAUUACAGCGAGAUGUUUAUUUCUCAUUUUGAGGUCAUUGACAGUAAGAGUGGGUCGGUGGUUUUUCAGACGACUCUAUGGGACGCUUUGGGGGACACUAUCGCUUUUUCAUUUGCUCCGCCGCUAGAUGAAAAUCACCCAGACGGAAGUCGGACUCCUCCUCCUCCUUCAAUUUCUCUUGGGACGGCUGUAAUACCCAGGAGAAAUAAAAAACAAAGGUUAUGCAAAAUGUUGAGGGGCGGGGGGGGCGGCAGUCAGUAAUCAGUAAUCAUGUUACCAUGGAGACUACACGGUCAACCAAUGCAGCGAAGCCACUCUUAUCUUUCGUAUACCUCUUUGCUUGCUCAAUAGACAAAUUUAAUAGUUUAGAGAUGUUUAUCCAACGAUCGCGUUUAUAUGGACAAUUCGACUUCGCAAAUAGCAUCGUCUCUGUCAACAUAGUGUUAGGACCGCGGCAAACAUGACCAAUAUAUUUUGUGUAUUGGCUCCUGAUCACCUUCAGUGAGACUAACAAGAGUUUGUUUUUUAUUUUGUAGAUUCCUGAUUUAAAUCUUCGUGAAAGUUAUUAAGAGUUUGUUUUUCAUAUGUAGAUUCGAAAGGCAACCCGCGAAGUAUGACCAACUCAAAAGGAAAGAAACGCCAAGUAAACGGCAAGGAACUCAACGCAGCAUUGAAAACAAAUGAUGCGUUAUUUGUGGACUUCCUUCAUCGUUGUCUUGAGUGAGUACCUUCUUUUUAUUUAACUCUGUUGUAAGGGGGCUAAACUUUCCCCUACCCAAGAGAGGGGUACUCUGUCAUUUUUAGGGUAGUGGUUUGCCCUUGGAUUCAUAUUCAUAUUCAUAUUCAUAUUUUUGAUUUAUUAUUAUUAUCAUCAUCAUCAUCAUCAUCAUCAUCAUCAUAAUCAUAUCAUUAUUAUUAAUUUUGUCAUUAAUCGUUAUUUUUCAUUUCUUUUAGCUGGGAUCCAUCGACUCGUUUGACGCCUGACGAAGCGUUUCAGCACGAGUGGAUUCAAGAGGUACACAAAAAAGGGCGUAUACUUAAGUCUGUCAGUCCAGUAGUUUCGUUAGCUACGAUCUAUCAUCAAUCUAAUUGGUGCGAGUCCCCAGCCGAGCAGCACAGUAACCGUUGGGUGUCCUGUGGCUCCGUGGGGGUCCUGUCCCUAUGUAGGUGAUUUUUGUGUCAGGAUGAUUUUUAGCAGAAAUGGCCAGCGCUCAAUACAUAACACACCUAUUGCAUAAUUCUAAUUACGCUAAGUUUCGCAUGUUGUGGCGCGCGCAAACAGUUUCAAAUUAUUUUCGUUUAACUGUAAACUGGCCAAUAAAGACCCAAAUCACAAAGAACUUGUGGUUUUAGGAAUCCCUUGUAGUCCAUUAUCUCACAUUGAACCAAUAAAAAGGUCUGUAAUUAGGGAAAUUUUUAUGCCAGUUCAUCGGUGUUCAGUUUGUUUUACUGCCCAGCAUCUGCUCUCAACAUUACACAAAUUUGUAACCGCUAGUUUUAAAACUCUGUAUUUCAGGGUCGGCAGAGACAUCGCGGUAUGUCCCGCUUGACAUCUCGGCACCAGGCCCACUCCGACACGCAUAACUCCUCAGAGACGACUACUAAAGCAAGUACCGCGGAAUCCAGUAAACCGCAUAUUGAAGGCGGCUGGACCAAACGAAGCGCUCGAACGCGGGAAAGACUGCAACCAAUCGGAGCGGACGCGACGCAUACUGUCCCUCACGACAACAACAACAGCAACAAGAUUGUAAAGCAACAAGAGACUGGAAUAGAGUCAAAGAGCUCUGUGCCACCGCUGACUAAAAGAGUUUCGUCCGGGGUGGUAAAGGAGAAGCCGGGGACCGCGAAUAAAGGAAAAGAAAUUGAAGAAGAGAGAACUGAAGACAUUACUGUCACUGAGGGUGGACAAUUUUUACCGCCGAUUAAGUAAAGGAAUAACCAUUUAAGCCAUUCGUUUUAAUUUUGUGGAAAUAAUACCACAUUCGACAUGCCCAUCAUAAACAUGGUCAUUAUUGAAAUACCUCAUUCCAUCUUUCUAAAAUUGAAACGGCCAUUGUUAUAUUCUUCUUGAAUUGUUUCCAAUCUUCGUUGUGUUUUAGUGUAAAGAUGGCAAAACAAGACAUUCUUUUGUCCGCACCUAACAAUUUUUCUCUUUUUCAAUUUUUUGUAAGUUUUAUAUUUCGAGGAUUUUAACAAGUAGAUUCAAUCUAGCUGUUGUAAUGGGAUAUGUUCAAUGUGGUAUUGCCCAAAAUUAAAGGUUUACUUAUUUUAAGUGUUCUUAGAACUACCUUUCAUUCAUUGUAAAUAGUUCUUCUUUAAUAUGACCGUCAUUUUUAAGAAAAAUCUUCAAAAUUUGUAAAUUUUACGACGUAACAUAGACUCGAAAGAAAACAUUUCCUUUGCCAUGUACAAAUUUAACUUAAGCGGGCAUCCCUAAAGUGUCAGUCAUACAUACCGUACGUUUUUUCUAUGUUGAAAAAGGAGGUAUUUAAACGUUUUUAUUUCAAAGUAAGCUGGUCAAUCCAGUAAGAGUGGCCGAAAUCAAACGUGUGUGAAGAUAGCAAAGAUCAUCACCGAAGGAAAAACAGAAAGCAAGCGAAAAAAAGACCGCGUUUAAGUCAUACAUUUUGUGAAGUAUCAUUUGCGUUGUUCGUCCUUAACUGACGUUAAACUGUGACGAGUGUUUUAAACUGUUAAAUUUCAUGAGAGGCGUAGAUUAAUGUAAUAUUUAUAACACGAAAAGGAAGGUUUUUUCUGCCCGUUUGCCGAACACCUAGAGGUGUGGUUAAAAUAUGUCUGUAGGUGAGAUAAAACACUCUUACUCUCUUUAUAUUUACCUACUCAAGUGAUAAAUGAUUCUUGAAGAAACUGAACACAAUCAUUUUAUGGUUUAAGGAUGCAAAUUCCAAAGCGCCUUCUGGAUAGGGAAUUCAGUGAUAAAGUUUCUGUUCAAAAACUAUUUAUCGUGAAAGUUAGAAAGAGAAUUAUUUGGCGAAAUUUUGCCAUUUUUCGUCCAACACCUUUCGUUUCAAUGGGCAAGCUAAAAAAAAAUUAAUUCUCUGACGACUGUGGACGAAAUAUCAUUAGAAUUUGGAGUGUAUCGGUGUGAAUUUAAAUUUAAUAUAUAACUCUUGGUUAUUUAAUAAUUUAACUUAUUUUUGAUGACGUGGUUUAAUAUAUUUAAAGAAUUGUUUGACAUAUUUUUAUAAAUUAUUUAUUGACGCAGAACGAGUGAAUGCAAGCGUGAAACAAUGUGACGUAUUUAUUUUCCCAGAUUUUUACGGGAUUUAUUUCGAAAAAUACUGUGUACGUUUCUUCAGUUGAAUGAAGCGUCAAAGAGGCAAACCUAACGUAACUUAUGUUCUGUGAAUGUUAUUUGUAAAAAUAAUGACCUAUGACGAGAAAAAGUUUAUUGCAGAUUGUAAUUAACAAAAAGAAGUCGCUUUCAGUGGCUUAUGUGACGUACUUUAUGUAAUCCUCGCAAUGCGAAGGGCCUUCAACGUUUUUCCCAACGAAAUAAAAC